AUGCUCAAAACGGAAAGCCGCAUGGGCGGACUGUACAAUGACGAAGGCCUGUGCUUCUUUCAGUCAAGAGCUCUGCAAUAUCACCUCCUCAUCGAAGCCAUCAGCCUAGAAUACCAUCUCAAGGUCUUACCAGAUCGUCUGAUUUCUUGUACCCCUCUUCUCCACAGUGACAGCUGUACUCAACCACACAUAAUGCCUACCGAAGCCCAACCAACUGCUCCCUCACAAUGUGUCGGCCCUGAAUAUCGUGAUGCCACUGAGAAGCCGACCGCCACGGUAUCGACUCCACUGAAACAGGCCAAUGUUCACAUCCUGCCUCAAACUCCACAGCUGAUAGCAUUGCUCACCAUGAUACGUGAUCGCUCCACAGGACGUGCAGACUUCAUCUUUUACAGCAACCGUAUCAUUCGCUUGCUCGUGGAGGAAGGCCUAAACCAUCUCCCCGUGGUCCAACGUGAGAUCACCACGCCUGUUGGGCGGACCUAUUCUGGCGUCAAGUUCGAGGGUAAGAUUUGUGGCGUAUCAAUCAUGCGUGCAGGCGAGUCCAUGGAGCAGGGUCUCAGGGAUUGCUGUAGGUCAGUUCGUAUUGGCAAGAUCCUGAUUCAGAGGGACGAGGAAACGAGCAAGCCGAAGCUGUACUAUGAUAAGCUGCCCGAAGACAUCGCUGAUCGAUGGGUGUUGCUUUUGGAUCCUAUGCUUGCUACAGGUGGCUCGGCGCUCAUGGCCAUCGAGGUGUUGAUUUCUAGGGGCGUUCCAGAGGAGCACAUUCUGUUCCUCAACCUGAUUGCCAGCCCUGAAGGCGCACAGAAUCUUGCGAAAAAGUUUCCAAAGGUUAGAGUCGUCACCGCCUUUGUUGACCAAGGUCUGGACGAGAAGAACUACAUCAUCCCUGGUCUCGGUGAUUUCGGAGAUCGAUUCUACACCAUGUAA